AUGAAAAAUUCUUUAAAAAUACUAGCUAAUAAUAAUAAUAAUACUCAUUCAAAAAAAUACAAUUAUAAACAAUUAUCAUCGAAUACCAAAAUCAAUUUUGAAGAAAAUAUGUCAAUAUUAACGACGAAUAAUAAAAAUUAUCAAGAAAAAAAGAACAACGAUAAUCAUAAGGAUGAUGAUGAAGAAGAUGAUGAUGAUGAUGAUGAUGAUGAUGAUGAUGAUGAUGAUGAUGGCGAUGAUGAUGAUGAUGAUGAUGAUGAUGAUGAUGAUGAUGACGAUGAUGAAAAUUCAAAACUUGUUUCCAUUAAAAUAGAAAAUAAUCAAGAAGAAAAUAAAGAGCAACAAUCAUCAACCACAAAACUACGGUCUAUAUUACGAAAACGAAAUGAAAAUAUCAACAAUGAUGAAGAGAAAGAUUCUGAUUACACAGGCGACGAGAACGAGCAAGAAAGUAAUGACAGUAACAAAAGAAUGGAAGAGAAAAGUAAAAACAAUGAACAACGACAUCGUAGCCGCAAUUAUUCUCGUCAUAUACAAAGGAAUCGAUUUUUUCGAACAUCACCAUCCACACCCAUCACUCUUCCAUUAGAUAUAGCUAAAAAGGAAACUAGAACAACAACGUCAGCAACUGCGAUAUCACUACAUGACAAUGAUCACUCUUCUAAUCGUAGUGCAUCCGUGAAAUUCACAAAAGAUCAACCGACUAUCAUUCAUAGAAGCUCAUCAACGCCUCAACUUGGUGGACUUGAUACUCAACCUCGCUCAUCGAUUACAUACAUAAAUAUGAGAGAAGAUAGAUCAAUAGCAAUACCCAUAACAACUACAACUGAAUCAACGAAUAGUAUAAAUACUGAAUAUCGUCCAGUAUAUGUAUCACCAUUAAAAUAUCGACCAUUAGUUGGUUUAUCGCCUAAUCAUAAUCGCCUAUUACUUGAAAAACGUGUUUCAUUACUUGGCAAACCUAUUGUUUUACAUCAGAUUCAAAGACGCUCAGCAUCCUAUCGACAUACCCAAUUGCGUAUAUACAACUUUUUAGAACGGCCACAUGGUUUUAAAGCUGGUAUUUAUCAUACAUUUGUGUUUCUCACCGUUUUCGUAUGCUUAUUUCUAUCGGUGGUGGUUACAAUGCCUGAAUACGAAUCAAUAACGACAACUUUAUUAUUACAAACAGAAAUUCUUGUUGUUACAUGGCUUGCAAUCGAAUUAGCAUUACGUAUAUGGAGUGCAGGUUGUCGUUCUCGUUAUCAAACAUUGAUGGGUCGUUUACGCUUUAUGAAAAAUCCUUUUUGUGCUCUUGAUUUUGUUGUAAUCAUGGCAACUGUGGUAACACUUUGUCUAAAUACUCGAGGUGGCAAUGGAGUUUUUGCUGCUUCAGCAUUACGUGGUUUACGUUUUUUUCAAAUUCUCCGUAUGUUAAGAAUGGAUCGCCGUGGUGGUACUUGGAAAUUAUUAGGCUCUGUUGUUUAUGCUCAUAGACAAGAACUUAUUACCACAAUUUAUAUUGGUUUUUUAGUACUGAUUUUUUCGUCAUUUAUUAUGUUUCUUGUUGAAAAAGAUGUUGUUAUAGAAACAAAAGAGACUUUCAUCAAUAAUGCAACAAACCUAUUAACGACUGGUUCGAUUACAAAUUUAAUUGAUACAGAUCGACAUAAAUUUGAAACAUUUGCAGAUGCACUAUGGUGGGGUAUUAUUACACUAUGUACUGUGGGCUACGGUGAUAAAGUACCAUCAUCCUAUUUGGGCAAAUUGGUUGCUGCUAUAUGUUCGUUUAUUGGCAUUAGUUUCUUUGCUCUGCCUGCGGGUAUUCUUGGCUCUGGCUUUGCAUUAAAAGUUCAACAACAACAGCGUCAAAAGCAUUAUAAACGUCGAAAGAUUCCUGCAGUUUUAUUAAUACAAAAUCUAUGGCGUGUCUAUGCAGCUGAUGAGAAAUCUCUAUCGAAAGCAACUUGGAAAGUACAUGUACGUCCACCACGCAAAGAAACAAAUGAUUCUUCAACAUCUCAACCAAAUCCUCAUCUAGCGUCAUUUAGAAUGCGUAAUAAUCAGUCAUUUUUAAAUCGAGUUAGUUUUCGACGCCGCACACCAACAAGAGAAGCUGCAACGAUAUCUGUAAAUAAUCCAAAUAUGAAACUUUCACCGAAUUCAGCAAUGGCUGCGAUGCGUUCUUGUAUUGACACGCUUUCAGAAACAGUUAGUAUUACACCGCCAAUAAGUAUGAACGCACCAAACGAAGGAUCAUCAUCUGAUAAUGAAGAUUAUCACUCAUUCUAUGCAAAUGACGUUCAAUCCUUAACACCAGCACAUCGACAUGCAAUUCGAUUCACAAGAAAAGUUAAAUAUUUUGUAGCAAGACGAAAAUUUCGUGAAGCUUUACGACCAUACGAUGUUACCGAUGUAAUCGAACAAUAUUCAACCGGAAAUGUUGAUAUACUUGCUAGAAUGAAAUAUCUUCAAGCUAGAUUGGAUAAAGUAUUGGGUACAUCGAAGUCACUGGAUAGUUAUGAAUCAGGUCCAAGUUUAGCAUCAAGAAUAUGUAAAAUUGAAAGACAGAUCGAUAGUUUGGAUCUAAAAGUUGAUAAACUUUGUCAAUUGACAAAUAAUCUAUUAGAACAUGGUAUUCAACAUCAAACAUUAACUUCAAUACCAGCUUCAAUAGGAUUUCGUAACAUAAAUCGAUAUCGAACUGGUAACCCUUUGCGUGUUUACCGUCGUCAACGACGUCAAAUUCAGCCUCAAACUGUGACAUCAGCAUCAUCACCAUCAACAACUGUAGCUACUUCGUCGAGACACAAUUCAUUUCAAUCAAAGUUACCACCACCAUCUAUACCAUCAUCAUUAGCAGCAAGAGAUCACUCCCGUGAAAGUCCAGUUAGCCUUUAUUGCCUUUUUCAAGAUAAUAUUACUCCCUCGAAAACUUCUCAUGUCUAA